AUUUGUAUUGUACAUUUCUUGUCAAAGAUGAUCGAGAUAUUGAACCUAAUGUUGGAAGAAGUGAAGGGAAGGCUAGCAUCUAUUGGAAUCAGUUUAGAGGUUUCGGAGGCAGUUAUAAAGCUUAUAUGCGAACAAGGUUUCGACAGGAGUUAUGGUGCCCGACCUCUUAGAAGGGCUGUUACCCUUAUAAUCGAGGAUGUCCUGAGUGAAGCUAUUCUUUCGGGUAAGUACAAACCAGGUGAUACAGCAUUUCUCGAUUUGGAUCAAACCGGAAACCCUAUUGUUAUGGAUCAAUCCGACAAAAAUAUGUAUUUGACUGACACUACAUCCAUCUUAUAAUAGAUGACGAUGCGUGCAAUCCACUAUAGCCAUUUUAAUGUAUAUUCAAGUAACUUUGAAAUGUAUAGAUAGAUUAUUAAUAAAGGUUUUUGGAUUUUAUUCUAA